GGAGAACUUCCAGCACCUUCGGACAUACUCGAUGGCGCUUAAAAACUGGGAAGCUUGAUACUUCCGCUCGGAUCGUCUGAUCGUCCGACGGCGAAUAGCAUUGCUCCGCAGGCCAAGGCAGCGUGGUUAAUCAGAUCACCUCGCAUUCUAUUCUGAAUAUUUCUUGAUCUUUCUUGGUCAUCUUUUACUUUCCAGUCCAAAUAUCCACCAUUUUCGAUUAUUACGACCUUUGCUUUCGACAAGUAUAUCUUAUAUUGGUCCAGCAACAUGGCUUCUAUUUAUGAUCUAAAUCGCCCUCCAAAUCCCUUCUGGGAUAACCUGGCGGCUUCCUUCGAGAAUCAUCCUUUCUUUGCUCCUCGAGGCCACCAUCAUCACCCUCACCACGGCCCUCCCCCUCCCUUCUGGGGCUGGGGCAACCACCACCAUCCUCGUCACCACCACCAUGGACCCCCUCCGCCAUUCUGGGGAUGGGGUCCCCAGGCCGACGAAGAGGACCACCCCCGGGGUUCUGAGACCCCUCGUGCCCAAACCACCGAGCCCGCUGCUGGCCCAUCUAGUUCUACUGAAAAGACCCCCGACGCAGAGAAGGGAGCAACCUCAUCCUCCGAGCUGGAGACCGAUAACGAAAAGCGUCCCCGUGGCCGUUGUGGCAAGGGUAAGCACCACGGUCGUGGUGGCCCCCACGGACUCGGUCACGGACGAGGUGGCAGAGGCCGCUGUGGACCAGGCCAUGACCAUUCUGGAUUUGAACCCUUCGGUCACCAUGGACGAGGUGGUCACCACUAUGGCGGCCGUGGUGGUAGGGGCCGACACCACCGUGGCCCUCCCCCUCCAUUCGGCGGAGGUCCAGGAUUCCCGAACAUCGACUUCUUGCGCAACAUCGCUUCUCAGUUUGGAAUCCAAAUGAACGGUCCAGCUCCCGAGGGUGUCGACUUUGUUCCAUCGGUAGAUGUCUUCGACACGCCGACCAACUAUAUUGUGCACGUUUCUCUUCCCGGUGCAAAGAAGGAUGACUUGAGCAUUGAUUACGAUCCCGAUGAGUCUGUCCUGCGCCUUGCGGGUGUCGUCUACCGCCCUGGUAUCAGUGAAGACCUGCACGAAGCUCUGGCAUUGGAGGAGCGUGAGCGUGAAGUCGGCGUCUUUGAGCGCGAAGUCCGCCUCGGAACGCACGAAGCCCCUGCUGCAAUCUCCAUCCAUGACAUCACCGCUAAAUUGGAGGAUGGUGUUCUGAAUGUCACUCUCCCGAAGAUUACACCGGUGCCCGAGCCGAAGAAGACGGUUGUCGUUGAAGACGGCAAUACUGUGAAUGAGAAAGAUGCUAUGCAGGUGGAUGAGAAAGCUAGCGCGACCUUGACUCCUGAUGGGUCUGAUGAAAGUGACUCUGAUAAUGGGGAGACCAAGGAAUAUGUGAAGGUCCCGGUUCAUUAAACUGGGAUGCUGUUUUCUUUUCUUUUGUUAGGAGUUCUGGGGUUUCUUUGAAUUUUGUGCUUCUAAAUUAGUGUUUGAACCAGAUUGAAUAAUUGAUAACCACUCCUAUGCGGGUGAUAUACCUCGACUACCA